AGCUCCAAUGACUAAUCAUUGACUUGUAGAAACUAACCACCAAACCCAAACGACAUCGUUUCACCCAUUCGAAGGGUUUAGAUACAUCCAGCCGUCCGUUAGACCUUCACUGGACCCCACAAACCAAUCAAGUGCGCCACGUGGAAAAACAUAACUCCAUUCAACGACGUAGACGAAACUCAGAAAAAGGCAAAGCAGCUUCGCUUCUCCUUCUUCUAACACAAACCAACACGCCUAAGAAAUCCCCAAUCAACCCAAUCGGCAAAGCCACGGCCAUUACACGGUCCUCUUCCUUCUUCUCCUUCGAAACCCUAAUUUUCCCAACCCGAUCCUUCUUCCUCAAAAUCUAGCAUCAAUUUCAAGAAGAUCGAGAGGGUUCGAUAAUUUGCAGAGAAUCAACCAUGUUUACCAGGCUUUUCGGGAAACCUAAACAGGAAGGCAAUGCCCUGACCACCUUAGACAAAUUAAAUGAGACACUUGAAAUGCUAGAGAAAAAGGAAAAAGUACUACAGAAAAAGGCUGCUGCAGAAGUUGAAAGGGCCAAGGAAUUCACCAGAGCAAAGAACAAAAGGGCGGCUAUACAAUGUUUAAAGAGGAAGAGGUUAUAUGAACAACAAAUAGAACAGCUUGGAAAUUUCCAGUUGCGUAUCCAUGAUCAGAUGAUAAUGCUAGAAGGUGCAAAAGCCACAACCGAAACUGUAGAUGCCUUGAGAACUGGAGCAGCUGCAAUGAAAGCAAUGCAGAAAGCAACGAACAUAGAUGAUGUGGACAAGACCAUGGAUGAGAUUAAUGAGCAGACAGAGAACAUGAAACAGAUACAGGAAGCAUUGUCAGCUCCAAUUGGUGCAGCUGCUGAUUUUGAUGAGGAUGAACUGGAAGCAGAACUUGAAGAGCUGGAAGGCGCUGAGUUGGAAGAACAACUUCUUCAGCCAGCAACAACAGCUCCUGCUGCUCCAGUGCAAGCCCCAGCAGGAAGGCAACCAACCCGUCCUAUUCCCCAGAAGCGCACUGCUGAAGAAGAUGAAUUGGCUGCUUUGCAGGCUGAGAUGGCACUUUGAGCAGGUAUUAUUCUGCAGGAUGAAAGGAGGUUAUGUAAAGGAUUGGUCUGAUUUUAUAAUGGAGAUUUGUGCUCCGAUCGCGCAUCCAGAUUUCUGUGUGGCUUCAUUAUUAAACCGAAUGUAUAUAAAGGUGGCAUAAAUCAAACAGUCCCCUUUGAAACUUGUAUUCUGCUUUUUUCAGAGUUUUCUCUUUCUUUUCUUUUUCUUUUUCUUCUUAACUUAUCCUUGAACAUUUAUUCAAUGUUCUGUCAGGCCUGAAUCAGUAGCUUGUUCUAUUAUGUGAUAUUACCAAGUGAAUAAUAUGAAAUGAUCUUGGAGCCUAUACUAUGAAGCUCUUCUGUCUUCUUGGUCA